CCAUCACGUAAAUUACAAUAUAAACACAACAACUAUGGCUUCUUUCGUCUCGCGCUCGCUGCGCCCGGCCGUUGCCCGCCGCUUUGUCUCGAUUCCCGUUCGACCCCUCUCCACAACCGUUUCACUGCGAUCCGACAACGUUUCUUCUCAGGAGUUUGAGGUUGGCGAACUUCAGGGCGCAAAGUUCAGAGUUGAGCCUCUGCGUCGAGUAGGCGAAGACGACGCCACCAAGCGAGCCCGCCUUGUCUACCAGUCACGAAAGCGCGGAACCCUCGAGUCUGACCUUCUCCUCUCUACUUUCGCAUCUGCACACCUCGCAUCCCUGUCUCCCGAACUUCUCGACCAGUACGACCGUAUUCUUGACGAGAACGACUGGGAUAUUUACUACUGGGCCACCCAGAAGGAGGAGCUCUCGUCGACGAACCCUUCAUCCGCCGACUCGCCAUCCACCAGCAAUAUCGACGCCAAGCCAUCGGCAGACCAGGUUACUCGCCAGCCUCCUUCCGGCGAGUGGGCGCAGACCGUGGGUAACUUCAAGCCUGCUUACAGACCUGUGCCCUCGCGCUGGAAGGACAGUGAGAUCCUCGAGAAGUUGAGAGCUCACGUGCGAAGUCGCAGCGUCGACGGUGGUGAGGGCGGCGGCAUGGGCUUCAUGCCCCCUCUUGGACCUUCUGAUGUCAAGAACUAAACCCUGAUUGUUCGAAUGAGGAGUAAGUCGACGAUUGUUUUGUAGAAGAUCGAUUACGAAGUCAUUGUACUAUACGUCAAACACCAUGUAUCAUCACGGCCAUGGGGCCUAGAAUUUUAAAUCUCAAGAUAGAGCAUGUACAGCAUUGUAAGAUGCAUUGGUUAAUUAUCAAGGAAGAGCAAGAACAAUAUAUAAGUAUGAGUCUAUAGGUGUCUUUUGCAUAUCCACAAGAAAAA